AAAAAAAAAAAAAAAAACGCCCAUUUGGUCGUCGAGGCUCGGAACUAAAGAUGGAGAAACCCCUGACCAAUCUCAUCACGGCAAAAAGGGUACCUAGUGGUGGGUCUUCUCUCCGUCAUGUCCUGCGUAGCCCAGAUUGUCAUUCUGAUCCUUCUGGCUGUCCUUGCAUCCAAGUUAUACGCCUCGCCACGCCUUCCUAUCACCAGCAACCAAGAAAGCAUGUGGGCGUGGGUUCAGUUUCUGGGAGAAGCGCAAGGCGCCAUGGCUGUCCUCUUGGGAUGGUCGGUGGCGCCAUCGUCGUCACAUCCUGUUGCUGUGAGACGCCGAGGGACAACGUCGUGGGCGUCUAUCGUCCCAGGUGACCCGCGGCGAACGCCACGUCGCGUCCCUUGGCGUCGUGCGCGUGUAGCCCAGUCUCUGAUUCUGGCCGCAUCGUCAUCGUCACCGCAGCGUCAACUCCGCUCCCUCAGCGCCAUCUUCUCCCCAUCUACUUCAUUCUGUCACCACCAGAGUGAGGAGACCCACCACAGUGGCGGUCACCCUCACCUGAAUCACCAUCAUUUCUGCUCUUCUUCGACAGCAUCCAAUGCAGGUCAUUCCGCUGCAUUCCGUCCGAACCGUUCGUUUUCGUCUCUUUCGUCUCAGGCAAGGUCUAUGUCUCAGGGUCCAGUGGCAACCUCGUCGUGCCAUCCGUCGGACGUUCAGCACCAAGGCUUCACGCUCGCUUCUGAGACGCAAGAAAAGUGUUACGCAGAUUGCAUAAGCAAAGUGAUUGUGAGAUAGGGACCAUAUAAAGAACCAGCUCAUUUAAAGGAAAAAAAAAAUAGACAAAAAGGCUAAAAAGGAGCGAACAAGCAUUCUUAUUUAGGUAAAUCAAUCAUGGCAUUACUUAACCUUCUCUGGAAGAAAAAAAAUUUAUUCAACAUGAUAACGAAUUCAACUUUUCCUACAUUUUCCGAGUAAACAUAUGAAAAUUAAGAUCUUAAAAUCUUUCUCCCUCAGAAAAAUAUUCAUAUCAGAAGCACUAAAACAAUAAAACAAGAGCAAACUCAAAUAAAUCGACGACGAGAUGCAUCUUGGAGGAGUGAGAGAAAACACUACGAUGAAACUUGACUGAAGACGCUUCAACAUUGCUGUCGGGCCCUAAAAACGACCAAAUGCUGAUAUGCUAUUAAUGGAGGAAAGGAGAAGUGUUAUGAAAGCCACAUUUGUUUGACUGUCGCCCAAAGGAAUGUAGGCAACGAGGGCUUAAUAUUUUGUGGACAAAAAAAAAAAAAGAGGGAAGUCAGUCUUCUCCGCUAUUUCCUUCAAAUCUACAGGCGUAUAGAUGACUUCAUAUCGUACGGAAACUUCUUGAUGCUUACUCUUUCGGAUCAUCACCCAUUUUUUUUGCCUUCGUGUCUG